AUGAAUACAAAUCAAGAAGAGAAUGGUCAUCAUCAUCAUGGACAUAGCAAUGAAAUGAAUAGCAAUGAACAAGGACAAGAAGAAGAUGUCAUUGUAGUAGAACCUAUUAAACCAUUCUAUAUGUAUUUGGGAGUAGAUACAAAUGCUACAUUUCAAGAUAUCAAAGAUGCAUACAAACAGCAAUGUCUGAUACAUCAUCCUGAUCGACAAGGUGGAAAUGCUGAUCAAUUUAUCAAGGUAGCUAGAGCAUAUGAAGUAUUGUCUGAUCCUGCAAAGAGAAAGUUGUACGACAUGAAUAUUGACGAACAAAACAUCGAUUUGUUGGUACAAUUCAAUUUCAUUCAUGACUUUGUCGAUUCUUGUAUUCCAAUCUUUGCAUAUGCCAUCGCUGAUCGUCUCUAUCAAUUCAAACCUCUUCUUUUGGCAAGUUCUGCAAGUAUAAAUUGGGAGAAUAUUAAAAAUAGAGAUAGAAAUCCAAUGGGAUUUAUUUAUAUGAUAGCAUAUCCAUUGACAAAUUUGGUGGUUGAUAGAAUAUUAUCUAGCGUGAUGGAGAGAUAUAAAAGUAGACUAUCGGAAUCACAGAUCAAUAAACUAUCGAUUUUGAUUGAUAUUGUGUCGACUACACUGGCUAUCCCAUUCGAAGUGGGAGCAUUGUACGCAUGUAUUAGAGGGUUCCCAACAUCAUCAAUUCGAAACUACUUUGCACUUGGACAGAUUGAUACGCGACCACUAUGGAAAAGAAUAGUGUUAAACAACUAUGUCACCCAACUAUUCUCAGUACGUGGAUUAAAGUGUGUUGCAGGUGUCAUCCUCUUUAAAUUGGCAUACAACUACACCAACUAUUUCAUCGCAUCGAUUUCAGAGUACUGUGGACAUCGAGCCAUCGCCACUCAAGAAGAAUACAAAGAGCAGAUGCAACAAAAGCUCCGCACACCUGUAUCGUGGGUUGAAACUGCCAAGAUUGUCCUUGCCAAGUACAAACCAAGUCUAUGGCAGGGAGCUUCUCUCGCAACACUUGCCCUAUCCUAUUUCAUUCCCUCACUACUCUUUCCAGCUCACCGUCUCAUCUAUAGAGUAUCAUUCCCAUUUACAAAGUAUUGGGAGCCACGCCCACUCUUGCGUUAUGCUUUCCUCGACUCAUUUGCCACCCUUUCAAUGGAUGCACUUACUCGUCUCUAUAUGUCAAUAAAGAAAUAA